AUGUCACAUAAUACAACACAGCCAGCCUCAGGGCUCAACAAACGAUCGCAAGUGUUGAGCGGAAUAAACAUCAUAACAAAGAAAUCCGACGUCAUCAAUUUGUCAUCCUUAUCAUUCUUGUUUUGUGAGAUUGUCGACUGGGAAAGAAAACAAUCAAAGAAUAUACAAGAUCUAGAAAAUCGAUUAAAUGGUCUAGGAUAUCAAAUAGGUCAGCGAUACCUUGAACUUGUCAAAAUCAAAGAAGGUUUUAAGCUCAACAAACGAGAGAUUAAAAUCAUUGGCAUUUUACAAUUUAUUCAUGGACCGUUUUGGAAAAGUAUAUUUGGCAAAAUGGCCAACGAAUUAGAGAAGUCGCAAAAUAUUCCUAAUGAAUACAUGAUUAUAGAGAACAUACCAAUGUUGAACCGAUUUAUCAGUGUACCGAGUGAUUAUGGAGAUUUGAAUUGUUCGGCAUUUGUUGCUGGUAUUAUUGAAGGAGCAUUAGAUAGUAGUGGGUUCAGUGCUAAUGUGACAGCUCAUAAUGCGGAAUCAGAGCAGAACCCACUAAGGACGGUAUUUUUGAUUAAAUUCGAUCAGCUGGUGGUUAGUAGGGAGAACUUAAGGUCAUAG